AUGGCCGAGGGCCCGGUGGCCCGGGCCAUCCGCACCAAGCUGCAGGCGGCCCUGGAGCCGACUCACCUGCAAGUGGUGAACGAGAGCCACCGGCACGCGGGCCCCCCCGGCGCCGAGAGCCACUUCGCCGUGGUGGUGGUGAGCGAGCGCUUCGGGGGGCUGCCGCUGCUGCAGCGGCACCGCCUGGUGCACGCCGCGCUGYGCGCCGAGCUCGCCGGGCCCCUGCACGCCCUGGCCAUCGUGGCCCGCACGCCCCAGCAGUGGCUCGACGACCCCGCCGUGCCGCCCCGGCCCGCCUGCCUGGGGGGCUCCCGGCGCGAGCACCGCGGAGCGGAGCCGCUGAGCRCCGCGCCGGGAGCCUCCUGA